AUGGCCGAGUCUGCAGCUCGACACGACCAAGCGCACCCUGCUGCGCACGCUGCUGGCCCCUCAAGCGCGUUCGCCCCCGACCCUCCCCCACCCUCGACGACCAGCUCCGCCAAUCCUCCUCCGGCAGCGACGACGCCAGACUCGCCAGACGAGGAGCGCCUGCCUUGCACCUUCGAGGGCUGUGACCGAGACUUCAAGAAGAUCGCGCACCUCCGCCGGCACAUGAAGACUCACGACUCGGCACCGAGCUACGAGUGCUCGUCGUGUGGCAAGAAGUUCAUGCGCCGAGACGUCCUCGUGCGCCACACCUCGUCCGUCCACGGCAUCGUCACCAAGCACCGCAAGGCGUCAUGCAUCGCCUGCGCCAUCCAGAAGCUCAAGUGCGAGGGCGAGUUCGACGAGCAGUGCAAGCGCUGCGCCCGCCUCGACCUCGACUGCGUCUUCAAGAAACCCAGCCGGUCGUCAGAACCUCCGCGCAAGCGUACCCGCACCUCGUCGCCCUCGCCUGACCGCGACGACGUCGAUUCGGCCUCCCUCGAGCCCGACGAGUCGCCCGCGCAGUCCGCCGUCAACCUGCACCCCGCCAUCAUGCCUCCUCCGCCCUUCUUCCACCAUCACCCGGGCUCGUAUACCUCGACGUCCUCGGCCCAGCACGGCGUCGGCGCAUCUCCCCAACCCGGCCCUUCACGCCUUCCGACGGACCCCUUUCCCUCGACCUCGACCGCCCUGCAUCCGACGCCGUUCCUCCCGCAACCGGACCCGUCGUUGCAGCAGGUCGAUCGCGACCCGUCGCCGCUGUGGCAGCCGUCGUCGUACAACUUCUCGGCAGAGCGCACGUCGGCAGCGUUGAGCAACAUGGCCCCGUUCGACUUUCUGCCCAACAUCAUCGAUCCGCCGGGCACCGGCGAUGUCGCCGCCUCGUUCGACGCGAGCGCCGGGUGGGGCCUCGGCGACACGGAGCUCGACCUCGUCAGCAUGUUCAACCUGGGCGACGGCAGCAGUCGGGCCGCACAGCCGUCGCAGUCGGGCUACGACACGCCGAGCGUCGACUGGCUACGUCUGCUUGGGAGCCUGCGAGAUCCGCCGACGGCUGCCGCCCAGACGGUCGCGCCGGGUCCGCCUGCUGGACCUCUCGACCCGACCUCGUUCCGCCAAGGCCCACCACCUCGACCGACUACCAGCACCCGAGAGCAGCUCGUCGGCGUGUCGCCGCACGCAACCCUGAGCGCCGUCGACUCGCUCGCGACGCCGUCCGACGGCGGCGGACCCGAAGCGCCGACCGCCACACCAUGGCCGCAUGUCUACCAGCCCGUCGCUCCCGUCGGCCCCCUCUCGCUCCCGACGGUGCCCAACCCUCCUCCACCACUCGUCUUUGAGCAGCCGGGCGCGAUGAUCUCGACCGAGGUCCGCGAGGCGAUGCUGCAGCUUCUCGCCGCCUCGCACACGUCGCCUUGGGCCGGCAUCUCGCUCGAGUCGUUCCCGUCGGCGUCGGUCCUGUCGAUCUGCCUCAAGCUGUACCUGUCGCGGUUCAACAGCCACUUCCCGAUCCUCGACCCGGUCAGCCUCGAGCUGGCGAGCUCUUCGCCGCUGCUCCUCCUGUCGUGUGCCGCCAUCGGCGCCAUGUACCGCGCCGACUUUGAGGGACUCGGCAUCGCCCUGAACGAGCUCGUGCGCCGGCAAACCCUGUGGAUGCGCGAACAAGAUCCUCGGGCGUCGUUCGAGCUCGAGGUCAUCCAGGCGUGGCUCCUGUCGUCCAUCUCGGGCCUCUUCUGCGGGAGCCGGAAGCUGUAUCAGCACGCCGAACACGCUCGAGGCGGGCUCGCGACCGCCGCACGGCGCAUGGAGCUCUUGCGCGAGACGCGGUCGUGCGUCGACGAGCUCUGCAGCAGGACGACGCCCGACCCCGAGGAGCUCGUCGCCGCUCGUCGCGAGGAUGAGCUGCGCCUGCGCUGCGGCUGGGGCAUCUACGUGUUCGACAGUCUCGUCGCCUCGCUCCUGCACCUGCAGCCGGUCAUGUCGAUCGACGAGGUUGCCGCCACGACCUACCUGCCGUCCGAGACGUUUACGCCCGAGUUGCCCGACCGCGUCCGGUUCCGGGCCACCCUCGCGACCCUCCUGACGGACGGGCGCAUCGAGCAGCCGCUCACGCCGUUCUCGACCGUCGUCAUUCAGCUCACGCUGUACCGGCUCUGCCUCGACGCGUCAAACCUCGCCAACGUGCUCGACGGCGUCGUCCCUGCGACCCGCACUGGGACAUACCGCCUCCCGUUCAGCCCCGACGUCAAGCACAACCCUCAAGAGCUCCUCGACCGCAUCGGCUCGGCGUGGCACUCGUCGAGCGUCAACGUCACUUCGCUGCACGUCAUGGCGACGGCCCUCUCGUUCCACGCGGCGCUCCAGUUCUCGUGCGGCGAGUUCCUGUCGCAGGCCAAGGUCUGUGCGGGCAAGUACGGGGGCGAUCGGGCGGCGACGGCGAGGGCGUGGGUGCGGGACAAGGCCGAGAAGGACCCGGUCGCGGUGCGACGAGUGCUCGCGAGGGCGCUGCAGCUCAACGCGCUCCUCGUGCGGCACCGCUUCGACACGCCGUCCGAGACGAUCUGGCUCGCCGACUCGGCGCUCGCAGUAUGGGCGAUCCUCACCUUUGCGGGCCGGCCCCUGUUCGACCCGCCGACGGCGCUCCAAGUCGUCACGACGAUCAAGUGGAACGACGCCGGCCCGGCGACCGAGUCGUGGAUCCAGUGCGGCGGCGCGCUCUCGCUGCGGUCGGGCCUGGGUGAGUACGGCACGGCGACGCCCGGGAGCGUCCUGCGCAAGUUCAGCGAGCACCUCGAGGACCUCCCGUGGGGGCUCUCGAGGAAGUACCGCGCCGUCCUGUUGCAGUUGAGCCAGGAGGACGAGGUGUAGCUGUGCGAGGCAGCCCGGUGCGGUGCAGCUUUGCUCGCUCGUCGAGCAGUUUCUUGCC